GAAAUUGUUUACAUUACUGACACGACAAUAUAUUGCAAUUUUGCAUCAACCCCAUUAAAACUUUAAUAACUUUAAAUUAUUAAAUUCCAGGACUUAACCUGAUACUUCUUCAAUAAAAACUUCAAAAGUAUAAUUAUAAAUGUGUUUCUAAAUAGAAAUGUUAUCCAACGCCGAAAUUAGUACCACGGAGGAUAUGCAAACAAUUUUGCAGAAAAUAGCAGAGGAAGAGGAUGAAAUCAAUUGUAAUUUGGAAAAUCUGUUGUCCAAGCAGUCUCUAAUAGAAUCCAAAAUGAGUGCGAUUGGAUAUUUUCUUGGUGCUUUAAAUACAGUGGGUACUGAUACAAGAAAAUUGAGUAUGCAAAUUUCACACACUGCGAAUUUAGCUGAAUCAGUAAGUGCUAAAGUACGUUGUGUAGAUUUGGCUCGGAGUCGCGCAUCUGAAUGUCAACAACGUGUACACGAUUUGAUAGAUCUACAACUUUGUAGUCAAGGUGUUUUGAAAGCAAUUGAUGAAGAAGACUAUGAAAAAGGAUCUGCACUGAUUGGACGUUUUUUAUCAAUCGACCAAAAUGUGCUACAGCGUACGGCUGGUGAUGUCGGCUCAAAUGGCUCAGUGACAUCUGUAAGCGAGGCUGUCCAUACACUAGAAAAUGCAACGGAGAAAAUGCGCAGACUUGUAAUGCUGCGCUUUGAUGAAGCUGUUAAUAGAGAUGACUUGGCAUCUGUGGAGCGCUUUUUGAAAUUAUUUCCGCUAUUGGGAAUACAUUAUGAUGGUAUCGAGAAAUUCGGUAAAUAUAUAUGUAUGAAAUUGGCUGUAAAAUCAGAAAAAGAAUUGCGUACUUCAUUGGAUAUAGCAAAGGCGGAGAACCGCUUGCCAGUUGCUUUUGCAGAUACUUUAACAACUUUACUAGAAAAUUUCGCACGAGUAAUUGAAGUGAAUAAACCCAUAAUAGAAACGUAUUAUGGGUCCGGAUAUCUAAUUACCUUAGCUAUAUUGCUACAAAAUGAAUGCGACUCCGAGGUGAAAAAUGUUGUCUUGGAGUUUAACAAAAAUAGGCGUAUACACGAUAUAAUUCAACAAAUCAACGACUACAAUCGCUCUGCGAGCGGAAAUAUGCCAUCUCUUAGUCCAUAUCAAAAGUCGCCUAUUAACACAGAUAAACCGCAACCAAAAGAUAUUGACCCAAUUAUUGUAGAGCUCACAAUCAUGCAUUCCCGUGUGGAACUGUACUUCAGGUUUUUAAGGCGUAAAGUAAAGUCGGACAUUGACGCCAGUGAUGCAGAGGAAAUCGAGAAAGAACGUCAGACACAACGUUUAACGUCGCUCUUUAACAAUUCAGAUCUUAGUCGUCAAAUGCAGGAACUACUAAGUACUUACCUGCUGCUCGAGAGGCAUUUUAUGGAAGAAAGUGUACAUAAAGCAAUAUCUUUAGACACUUUUGAAAUUGGUCAACAGUGCUCUUCUAUGGUGGAUGAUGUUUUCUAUAUUCUGCGCAAAUGUAUUCGCCGGUCGCUGACGACACAAUCUGUUAACGGAUUGUGUGCUGUAAUCAACAAUGCUGCUUCCUGUCUAUACAAUUUUAUAAACGCAUUAAAAAUUCCACUUAAAAAUGGAUAUCCUUCCGGCUAUACAGAUUUGGCUUAUAGUGCCAUCCAAAUUGCAGUUCAGCAUGGAAAAUUGCAAUCAAACGACAGUGAAAAAGCACGCAGUAACUUUAUUAAUCGCCUAAAUAAUGCAGAUAUGUCAACGGAAUACCUCGAAACUUUGUGGGAAACAAUCGAGCAGGAUAUUAAAAGUUCCUUUCCAUCAAUAUCAGCUACUGAGCGGCGGAUAGUAGAUAGUUGCAUUUCUGAAUUGAGAACUGUAAGGGAUACCUUAAAAGCCUGUGUGAAUUUUGGUAUGACUCAAUUAAGAUCGAGCGCAAUUAAACCGCGCUUGAAUCCCUGGGUUGAUCAAUUUCUCAACCACAGUCACAUUUUAUCCGAAGAAGAAUUGGCCGAUUACGAAGCUGGUGAAACCUUUAUCCAAACGCUUAUUGUGCAACUCGAUGGUUUCUUAAGUCAAUUCAAAAAUGUACUAACUCCACGGAAUUUCGAUGCUUUCGUAAGCAUUUUGGCGUCAGAUACAACUGCGAGGCUGGAAAGAGCAAUAAAGAAAACGUCAUUCAAUCGUCUGGGUGGUCUUAUUCUCGACCAGGAAAUUCGUGCACUCAGUUCAUAUUUAACUGGAGUUACGUCAUGGUCUGUGCGCGACAAAAUGACACGUCUAACACAGAUAGCAACAAUAUUAAAUUUGGAAAAGGUGGAUGAAUUUUCAGAUUACUGGAGCCCUGAAAAUGAAAAUGAGACGCCUUCAUGGCGCUUAACACCCCAAGAAAUUAGGAUGCUCUUGGCCCUACGUACAGAUUUUCGCAUGGAUGACAUAAAGCGUGUAAAGUUAUAAGUAUUUGAUAAGAGUAAAUACCAAAAUA